UUCGGCAUGCCAUUCGACACCUCCUCAAGGCCCAGCCGCUCAUCCUCCACAAUUACCUUCUGACUUACCAGGAACGAUGGAGAUAUCGAAUCAAAAACGAUAACAUGACGGCUCAGAUACUGGCAACGGAGCUGGGGAACUUGAUAUCUGAAAGCAAGAGAAAGCACACAGAACUGCGAAAUGCUGCAGAAAAGUCACUGGAAGAGCUGAAGAGCCUACGAUCAACAUCUGAAGCUCAAAUAGCUGCAGAUCUCACCCAGCGGCCAAACUUCAUUACUCCCUUCCUUAUUGCUUGUAGCAGUAAGAAUGCCAAGUAUACUGGGAUCGCUAUCGUAUGCCUUCAACGAUUAGUCGUAUCACGUGCCCUUCCAAAGUCGAGGUUGAGAGAAGUCCUCGAAGCUUUCCGUGAAGGUACAUCCGCGGGCCUUGAUGUCCAGCUUAAGAUCCUUCAGGCGCUACCGUCACUGCUUCAGAAUUAUGCCGACGAUCUCAAAGGCGAGCUUCUUGCCACCUCAUUGAAUAUAUGCACUAUUUUACAAGCCAGCAAAAAUGGCAUAGUCAAUAACACGGCAGCGGCAACAUUGCAGCAAUUGGUGGUGUCAGUUUUUGAUAAAGUGGUAGUGGAAGACAAAAUCGCUCUAGAGGUUCCAACAAUUGGCGAAGCUCCCAUCGAGGAUGGAACAAUUCAACUUCGAGCAGCCGCUCUGGAUGCGUACAGGGUCUUCAAUGAUCUUUGUCUUCUUACCGAGAAUCAGAAGCCCAAGUUCCUCAAGUCUACUGGACUCCCGCAAACAUUUGGACUGGAACUGAUCGAGUCCGUAUUGACGAAUCAUGCCCAGAUCUUCUUGAACCAUCCAGAACAAGCCAAUAUCCUCCGUACUAGGGUCAUGCCAUUCAUCAUCAGCGCUCUUUCGGAAAAGCUCAAUUUUGCAGCAACUGUCAGAAUUGCUAGAGUGCUUUACACUUUGAUCAGAAACCACUUGAGUAUCCUCAUAAGUGAGGGCGAGAUGGCAUUGAGUUUAUUGACACACAUGCUUGAUCAAGACACUGCUCUGUGGAAAAGAUCUUUGUGCAUGGAGGCAUUGCGAGGAAUAUUUGCCGAUGCCUCGCUCAUCCGAAGAAUAUAUGCAAUGUAUGAUGCUCAAGAUGGCAGAAAAGCAAUUUUGCGAGAUUUGGUUGCUGCAUUCGUCAGACUAAGUACCGAAAAGCCAUCGGCCAUUGGCCUAGGAUCACAGUCUACGAUACCAGUUGCGAACUCGAACGGAGGAUCUGGUUCUGAUCAAGCCAUGCUUGAAGCGAGCGGAGUGCCUGGAAUCAUAAGUAGCUCUGUAGGUUCUAGUGAACCAGCGGCGGGCAUCAGUACACAAUGGAGCACAAUGCGAGUCCCUUGUAUUGAUCAAUUAGACAAGACCGAUCCUCCGUCCAUACCAGAGUCGUACAUUUACAGUCUUGCACUAGCCUGUGUCAGCGGAUUUUCUGAGGGACUUGCAAAGUUCAUUCUUCCUCUGACUGUGCCAGACCGGCCAAGGAAGAAGGGCCGCCAAAGUGAGAUGGACUCUAAAGAUUCCGAUUCAACGCCAUCAACACCAGACCCGAGACCCAAAAUGGAGCGACGUACUUCUAUCAAGAAGAAUCCCAUGCCAGUCAACCCUUUGAACCUCGAGAAUCAUGCUCUCUUCAACGAAAUUAAGAUCUGCGCGGGCAUUGUCGAUGAUUGUUGGCCUGCAAUCCUUGCAACCUGUUCCACAUUCUUGAACGCAGCUCUGGAUCAAGAUUUCUAUCAUGGGCUUGUCAGAUCAUUCCAAAAAUUUACCCAUGUAGCUGGACUUUUGCGCCUUUCCACCCCUCGAGAUGCUUUCCUGACUACCCUUGGCAAAGCUGCAGUCCCACCCAACCUUUUGACUGCACCGCCACCUGGAUCUGCUCCACCGGCUACACCAACAUCUGAGAGACAGACUAUGUUUCAGAAUGCCAAAGGUCUUCUGAGCGUGGAUAGUUUGGUUGGUACAUUCCCUUCUGAACGAGGUCGGCAGAUGUCAAUGGAUGCGGGAAUUUCCAACCUCAAUACCAGAAAUCUGCUGUGCCUCCGUGCCCUCUUGAAUCUGGGCAUUGCUCUCGGGCCAACCCUUGAUACCGCUUGGGGAAUUAUUCUAGGAACUCUUCAGCAAGCCGACUUAGUACUCUUCUCCAGUACCAAAACCAGGACUCCGACCACGCCACAAAAGGGGGAUAAUCAAUCCAAUGAUAACAAUCCACUUCUUGCCAAUUUCGGCACUGAGAUCAAGGCCGUUGAGACUGCUGCUGCUCGCCUGCUUGAAAGCACAAUUGAUUUUCCUAACGAGCCAUUUGUGCAAGUCAUUAAAGCACUUUGCUCCUUAUUUGUCAGAGAAGAGCCACCUAACCCUUCAGAAGGAUCGGCCAGCUCUGGUCCACCGUCACCUGAGGCUCGACGUCCUUCAUCGUCCCAUCGCAGAAUUACGAGUCUCAAUACAGCGGCCACGACACACCAGGAAGAUCUGUUCGCUUUAGCGAAGCUUGGUGAGGUUGCAAGUAUCAAUAUUAGGCGCCUGAUGACCUACGAGCCUGAAAUUAGUGGCUACGCUCUCCUCAGCUCUGAACUGAUAUCUGCUGCUUGCUCCACUUUUACGCCAGCAUCAGUAAGAUUGAGAGCGGCGGAAAUUCUAGUACGCCUCGUUAUAGAAGCAGCCACAGCAACAUUAUCUUUAUCCGAGGAGGUGAGGGGUGACAUUCAGCUGCGUUUGCUUGAGACCCUCAGACGCACGAUACAGCCACUCGAAUCUCAUGAACGAGAAACCUCGGUUGCGAUUCAUUCAACUGAUAUUGACGUCCACAAGAUUAUCCUUGAAGGUCUUAAGAGUAUCCUUGAACAAUGUGGGGAAACCUUUGUUAGUGGAUGGGAUAUCGCUUUCAGCAUAAUUGAUAGUGUCUUCGUCAAGAACGAUGCUAUCUACGAGGGCAGCAUCAAAGGUUCGAAGACCUCGACUACACGUUCUGCUAGAUUGAUACGAUCUGCUUUCAACUCUCUUCAGCUUAUUUGCUCUGACUUUCUGUCUUCGCUGCCUAAUUCCUGCUUCAUAAUUCUCGUUGAUACCCUUUAUAAUUUCUGCACUCAAGAUGAUGAUCUGAACAUUUCUUUGACGACUGUGACAUUCUUCUGGGUGCUAUCUGAUUUCAUAUCUGGUCGGACCAACUCGUUCUCGCUGAGUCCGGAUCUCAUCCAAGGCUCUGAUGACGAGACGCUCGUCCAGAUGGCAUCAGGAGAUGACCUUGCGGUAUCAGACGCUGCACUGUGGAUGCUCUUGUUACUUCGGCUAACAGCUGUAACAACAGACGAGCGAUUGGAAUUGAGGAAUAGUGCCAUACAGACUCUGUUGAGAAUCUUCGAUGCCUAUGGUGAUCAGCUUUCAUCUGAAGCAUGGUCCAUGUGUCUGAAGUCUGUCAUGUUCAGGUUAUUGUCCUCCAUCGAAGACCAACUUGAAGCAAUCAAUGACCCAGAAUCCGCGAUAUCGGACAAAGACAAAAGCGGAUGGAAUGAAACCACUGUCGUGGUUCUUAAUGGCAUCACCAAUCUGCUUGCUGACUACCUAGAUGUGCUUUCUAGUCAUCCUACAUUUGGAGAUUCUUGGCAGAUACUACUUGAUCACUUCAGGAGGUUGCUCGAAUUUCAGAUCCUCGACAUCAAUACAGCUGUCUUCAAGGCUCUGCGCCAGAUACUUUCUCGAGGCAACCAGGAGACGGGCUCCCGGACAAACUUCGACCGAUCUGCCCUUGACCUUGCCUGGGGUCUUUGGUCCCAUUCAAUGCCAGUGGUAAAUUCUGAUCCCUCCAACAAACGCUAUGAUAAUCAGAACUACUUACUUGCCUACGUUUCUGCGCUUCAAGAGAUAUAUCGCCUGAUUUGUAAUGACAUCGACGAUCAGCGUGUUCAAAGGAUGAUCACUCUGCUCCGUGAAGCUAUUCAACGAGCAACAGCAGCAACAUAUUCUGCCGACAUCGACUACCUUACCCCACUGCAGACGCAAGUGCUGGAGUCACUGAAGAUAAUUCGAACCGACAUAAAAGGUAUCCCAGCCGCACUGAUUGGCCAGGUCGCAGAGUUUGUAGGGCUUGCUUUCGAUUCGAGUGGUCCUUCAAGAGGCGAAGCCCAACGUCCAACGUAUGUUGCGUUAUCAAAGGCCUCCAUGUCUCUCCUAGAGACCUUAGUAGUCGCACAUUCUUCCGACCUCGAUGUCUACAGCAGUGGCGCUUUGACAACGUCUCUUACAGCCCUCGCACAGCCAAUCGUCCUGAAAUACACCUUUCCUAUUAGUACAAAGACUAUUGCGCCCUGGCAACAAGCUACCAUAUCGGCCUUGGCCGUAUUAAAAGCUAUUCUGCCAACUGUGGUCAAGUCUAGCCUGAAAGAGGAAAUACUGCGACCUAUCUGGACAUCAAUUGUUACAAUUGGAAAUGGUAUCACGAAUGCAGACUGCUCAGAUGUCCCCGAGACCACCAACGUCAAGGAUGACCAAGAAUUCGACAUAAAAUCUUUCCUUGCUUUGCGUGAGCUCAUCACACCAGCUCUAGGCUCCUCAGUCAUCCCAGACAAGACUCGUCGGACGUACACCGAGUCACUUUUCCGCAUGUCGUCGAUCCAUGCGCCUCAACCACAAGAGUUACCACAGCCAGGACAAGAGCUCCUUGCAUCACUCUACCAGCCUCGAAAAGGGCGGACUGUAGAUCCUGCCCCUUCACCUCGGGCGAAAAUGAGCUACGUAUGCUUUGACGAGCUCGUUUCCCUUGUCGCCCUUCACGAUGGAUCGGAUGCCCGAAUCAAGCUUGCACAAGCAGCUGCACCAUAUCUAAUUCUACGCGCUGGUCUUACUCUCCGAGCCUACAUUUCUGAUCAGCCACUAAGAGGUCGAAUGCCACAGCCAUUAUCGCAGAGGAAAGAGCUGGUCUAUAUUCUGAAGGCUCUAGUGAAGUUGAGAUGUGAACCAGAUGCAAUUCCGGAUGCCCCAGGAAUUGAGAGCGAAGGGGAAAAGCAUUUGCAUAGGUUGUACCCGUUGUUUGCAAAGGCUGUUCGAGCAGCUGCUAUGGAUCAGGAAGUUCUAGAAUGGCUUGGGAAGGCGCUGGAUGAAGUUGGGAUGGAUUUUGGAGUAUGACCAUCUGUAUGGUACAAUCAAAAUGGAACUGAGUCACACAUGCAUUCAAAUGUUUUGAGUUGCCUUCAAUGUGAUCUGGGGUUGUCAUUUUUGCUUAUUGUUUUUACCACUCCUUAGUGAGUUGGU